AUGGACCAUCAUAAUGCUGCAGUCGCGGUAAUCUCUUCGCAAGUCCGGCAAUUCUCCCAGGCCCAAACGCCCUUCAGACUCUACCAUGGCUCGACGAACAGCACUCAACAUCGGACGAUUGACCGGAAAAAGAUCGUGGAUACAUCACGCCUCAACCAUAUCCUGCAUGUCGACAAAGCAAAGAAAACUUGUCUCGUCGAGCCCAAUGUCGCCAUGGACGAGUUAGUUGCGGGCGUGCUGGAGCACGGCCUGUUACCACCUGUCGUCCCGGAGUUUCCAGGAAUCACCGUAGGAGGGGCAUUUGCAGGCACUGCGGGGGAGAGCAGUUGUUACAAGUACGGCUUCUUCGACCACACCGUCAAUUGGAUCGAGUUUGUCUUGCCAACCGGCGAAGUCGUCGUUGCGUCUCCCACGCACAAACCCGAUCUCUUCUCCGCAGCGGCAGGGAGUUUGGGAACUCUGGGUGUUGCCACCAUGUUCGAGAUCCAGCUAAUCACUGCGAAACCGUACGUGGAACUGACCUAUCGUCCUGCCGAGAGUGUAGCCGAAGCUCUUGACUUGAUGGAUCAGGCAACCAAAGAUCCUUCCAACGACUUCGUCGACGGUAUCCUGCUCAGCAUGGACCGUGGUGUGAUUGUCACGGGAAUUCUAGCCGACCGCAUCCCCAAUGACCUUCGUCUCCAGCGCUUCAGUCGAGCGCAAGACCCUUGGUUCUAUAUCCAUGCCGAUCGGCUAAUGCGAAAGACCGGAAAGCCGACGAAAGAAAUGGUGCCCAUCCAAGACUAUCUCUUCCGAUACGAUCGCGGAGCAUUCUGGACCGGAAAAUAUGCCUUUCAGUACUUCAUCACCCCCUUUAAUCGAAUCACUCGCUGGGCUCUAGACUACUUCAUGCACACGCGUGUCAUGUAUCAUGCCUUGCACGCCUCCGGCCACGCCUCCAAGUACAUCAUUCAGGACUUGCUGCUACCGCGGAAGACAGCAGAGCAGUUUGUAGACUACGUCAAUGCCGAUCUAGGACUCUGGCCGUUGUGGAUAUGUCCAAUGAGGCAAGGCGAUGCGAUCUCCAUGCGCCCCGACAUUGAUCGGCGUGAUGAACAAGGUUCUUUCGUCAACAUUGGUGUCUGGGGUCCAGGCCCGUCAAAGCCCAGCGAGUUCUUCCAGACGAAUCGCCGGUUGGAGGACGAGGUACGUAAACUGGGAGGUAUCAAAUGGCUGUAUGCACAAACCUACUACACCGAGAACGAGUUUUGGAGGAUCUAUGAUCGCAAGUGGUACGACGAUAUCCGCGCGAAAUAUCAUGCCACGUAUCUGCCGUCGGUAUACGACAAGGUGCGAGUCGAUCCAUCGCGUUUCCGGGAGAGCCAGCACGAAGAUUGGGCGGGAUGGUUGCGAAAUCGAUUGUGGAAUAUUUGGCCGGUAAGUGGACUGGUAGGUGUAUGCAAGGUAUUAAUCGAGCGGGAGUAUCUACUGCAAAAAUAG